GAAAUUGAGUCCUAUAAAUAAUGCUCAUAGGCUGUGAUCAUAGGUAAUUUCAUCACAUUUUGCUGUUCUCACCUUCCAAACGUCACAAACUAAAAUCCACAAACUCAUUGUAACCACCUACCAACUACUAACAUCACAUAACAAUUAGAGGGAGAACUUGUUGUGUACUUGACAUGCCUUUAUAUAGUUCCACCUUGGGUGCAAACAUCCUACGUAUCUUGGGACAUGAGAGGAGAAGUGACAACUUCAUACUCAGCCAUGUAAAAGCAGCUUCAGGUUCAUGCUUCUUUCCCUUCCACCAUAAAUCACCCACUAACCUCCCAAGCCACAUUGGUUGUGUGUCAAAAUUCGACCAAAUCGAUUCUUCUUCUUUGAUGGAGAAAGAUGGGAAAAUGUUUCGUGUAUUCUCAGAACCAGAGGAAUAUUCCAAACAGUUGGAUGUUGCUGUCAGAGCAGUGCAGUUGGCAUGCUCCUUCUGUCAGAAAAUGCAGGACACUCUGGUUUCCAAGACUAGGAACCAUGAUCUGGUCACAUCCAAGGAUGACAUUUUUCAAGUCACAGUUGCAGCUUGGAGUGUCAAAGCAAUUGUCAGCUGGAUAUUGUCUGAAUUCUUAGGAGGUGAAAACAUCUCAAUUCUUGCUGAAGAGGAUGUUCAUCAGACUCUCUCCAAUACUAAUGCAUCAGAGCUCUUAACAUCUGUGGUUAAAACUGUGAAUGAAUGUCUAGCCGAAGCGUCUCGAUUCGGAAUUGAAGAGCCAAAAUCACCUCUUGGAGCUUCAGAGCUUCUUGAAAUCAUUAGUAACUUCAACAAAGUUGGAAGUCCUUCUGGGAGAUUUUGGGUACUUGAUCCUCUUGAUGGUGCAUUUGGGUUUGUAGAAGGAGAUCAAUAUGCUGUAGCUCUAUCACUCAUAGAAGAUGGAGAAGUGGUGCUUGGAGUUCUUGGGUGUCCUAACUACCCAAUGAGAAAGGACUGGUUGAGUUAUCAAAACAGUUAUCAGAGGAUUAUAUCCCAGUUGAAUCCAUCAACCAUUGAAACUUGGAAUAAAGGUUGUGUUAUUCAUGCUAAAAGGGGUAAUGGAAAGGCUUGGAUUCAGCCACUACUCCAUGUAAAUAAUAAGUUUGUGUGGCCAAACAAUGCAAAACCAGUUUCUGUUUCUUGCAUUGAGAAUCCAGUAUUGGCAACUUUCUGUGAAACAGUUGAGAAGGCCAAUUCAAGCCACUCUUUUACUGAAGGACUGGCUCAUAGUGUUGGCCUCAGUAACCAGCCAUUAAGAGUUCACAGCAUGGUGAAGUAUGCUGCAAUUGCUUGUGGGGAUGCAGAGGUUUUCAUGAAGUUUGCAAGGGCUGGUCACAAGGAGAAAAUAUGGGAUCAUGCUGCUGGUGUUAUCAUCAUUCAGGAGGCUGGAGGCAUGGUAACAGAUGCAGGUGGGGAUCCCUUGGACUUCACAAAUGGUUCAUGUUUAGAAGGGCUUGAUCGUGGUAUAGUUGCCUGUGCUGGAGCCACAUUACAUGAAAAGAUCAUUGAUUCUGUUGAUGCUAGCUGGGCCUCUUCUUGCCUUUGAGACUGUUUCUAACUACCUACAUGUGUGUUACAUCUUGUGAGUAGGAAAAUGAUUCGUAUACUGCAGACACUCGCAAACACCAACCGUGAGAAAGGAAGAGAAGAUAGAGAAGUAAUUGAUAUGAUAUAUGGAUGUGAUGUGAAAAGAAGAGAGAUAAGAGAAAAAUAAUUUGAAUGCCUGUACUAUUUGGAUGUCUAAAUAUCAUUACAAUAUUGUGAUUA